AUGUCGCGACGAGCCAGGCAGAGACAGAAAACCAGUCCGCCGCCGGGCCUGGACGAAAACACAAUCGAAGAUGAAGCCAUGGACGACGAGCUGGCUCGAGAACUAGAAGAAGAGAGGCAGAAGAUCUUAGCAGCUGCGGAGAACGGACCGGAGGAUGCCACUUCGGCGCAUGGCGAGAAUAGUGACGACGAAGAGGAUGACUCUGAUGGCGAUCUGGGCGAUCAAGACCUAGAAGACGGCGACAGCGAUCUCGACCCUGAAGACCUUCCAGAAGAGGACGAGGACUCGGCAGACGAAUGGCAACCGCCCCAGCCGCCAUCGAAAGCGACAAGACAGAGCAAGCGAAGGCGUCGUCAGGCGAGCUCCGAGGAUAGCGACGACGAUGCAGCCCUGCAAUCACUCGAUGAGGAGGAGAAGCCUGCUACCAAAAAGUCGAAGAAGGCUGCGGGUGACAAGUCGGCCAAGGGCAAGAAGGCGAAUGGCAGCAAAGACAACGCAUCCCCAUCAAUACCAAACGGUGAGGAGGAAGAUCAAGAAGCGGACGACUCCUUCGACGAGGAAGCCGAGCGAGUGCAAGCAGAAGUAGAAGCAGCUGCUGCAUGGGCUGACGUCCGACGUCGCAAGGAAGCCGCGCAGAACCCACAACCCACCGCCGGCCCCUCCUCCGCGCCCACCGGCAAUGCAUCCACCGACAAACCCUCAUCCGCCCCCUCCCUAUCCGCCUGGCUGGGCAAAGGUCCCUCUGCCUCCUCAUCCAUCUCGGAACUUGCCGCUUCCCUUCCUAUGCCCACCACCUGCGCCGCCGCGCAGAUCGUCGACCGCAACUCGCUCUUUGUCGGCUACGUCUAUCCGCUCACCACCGCCUCAUCCGCCUACAUCGCCGCUCUUCUCUCCCACCUCACUCGCGUCGUCCAUCCAACAGUGUCCAUCGACCUGCUACCACCCCAAUUCGCCAAUGCACCAGCGAACAAGCGUGGGUCGUCUCACGAUAUGUACGCCUACCGCGCGUUUGAGCUCAAGCGCGGUCGCACGGGCUUAGCUGGUCCAGACGAUUUCUCGUUGCAAGAGGAUAAGGAGGAUGAUGGUGAGAGGUGGGGUGGCGAUCGAGUACUCAAGGUCGCGAGAGAGGAGGGUGCGUCGGAUGUCCUGGUGGUGGUGAGCAGAUGGUACGGCGGCGAGCUGCUCGGUCCGGUCAGAUUCGAUCAUAUUGAGAACGCGGCAAGGGCAGCACUGCAAGAGCACAUGGCGAGGGAAGAGGUCGAUGAAUUCAGACAGAGAAUCCAGCAUCUGGAUCGGAAGAUCGCAGCGACCAAGGCCGAGUUGCAGGGUGGUGUAGCGGAAGAGCAGGUCAACAAGUACGAGGAUCUGACGGCGGAGAGGGCGCAAAGACUGUGGUUGGCGAGGCAAAAGGCGUUGGAGGCUAUGCAAAAGAGGCUCUCGACUCAGGCUAGUCGGUCGUCGCAGCCGCAAGCGCAAGAGACCCAGGAGAAUGGCGCGGAGGAAGAGGCUGCUUCGAUACCGAACGACCCAGUACAUCUGCCAGCAGAGCCUCCGGUCACGGAGGCAGCAGAACAACAAUUGUCACAGGCGACGGUCACACCGGAGCCCGCCGUCAAAGCAGAGCCUCUACCGGCAGACCUUUCCGCCCCGGAGGCUGCAACACAGCCGCAAGUCAAGGCGGAACCCACGGAUGACUCGCCCAUCCUCGUCAAGGACGAAGUCGACACCGCCAUUACUCCGCUCACCAUCGCAGACGAGCCAGAGGAAGACGACAAAAGCAACGUAGUCAAACUCGAGCACACGGAAGAUGAUGCAGAAGACCUCACCGGGUGGGACGAUCUCUCCUAA